UCGAAGCGCCAUCAGUUUCUAGGGUUUGCAUUACAGUUGAUGCAAUAUGGUGGACGCCUAACAGAAAUAUGUUGUGACCUGCUGCACCAGUGUAGAUGGAAGGGGAUAGAAAGGUCCUAGAUGUGCAAACUAGCCACGGUAACAUCGUUUGCAAGAUGGGGAUGUCGUUGUCAUAUCCACUGGUGAAAGAGCCAGAAAGUUAUGUGGAUCCUGAUUUAAAUGAAGACUCCGACGAGAUGAAUUUUGCAAUGGAAAUGCAUGAGAUUAACCUGAGCUACACAUACGACAUGAUCCAGCAGAGGAUCCGCUCUAUCAAAGAGUCCGCCAAAUUUGACAAGUACAGCUACGACUGGAACACCAGCGUGUUGGAUCUGAAGAACGAGUUUCCCCACUGGACAGCUGAUGACCUGCUCAACCUGAGACGGCAGUUUGAGAUUUUUGACACCAACAAAGACCGCCUGCUGGACUUCAGCGAGUUUUGCGCUUCUCUGAACAUGGUCAACGAUGCAUCAACUAUGGAGGCCAGGAAAGAAAUGUUUAAUACAGCGGACAAGGACAACUACAAGUCCAUCAACUUCGAGGAGUACCUCCAGCUGAUGUAUGACCUCAAGCAGGGCACGCUGGUCCCCAAGCCCCUCGAGAGCGAGGACGACAAGGACACGGCCACCGGUGACAUCAUCUGUGAAGUGGCACGCAUGGACACCUUCCAGCAGAUGUGCUACGGCGUCUUCUAAACACAAAUACACACACUUGAUAACAUGAUGGAUUUGUUGUGCCUUAACUGGAACUGAGAAAAUGACAUUGUAUAAAUUGGCUUUAUAUAAUUCAAAAUGAUUAAAUAUACAGUUAUUUUCCCAACC